AGCACGUAUUGUCCUACAUAGAAUUAUCUCUCAAUGGACAUAAAUGGAAUCAAAAAAAAAAAAGAUCCUGUAAGAUCUGAGUGAUACGGGCGAAUCCACGAACACAUUCUGUGCGCUCGUGUUCGUCAUCUACUUCGAACGAGCGGACACUCAACGAACUGAAACCACAUCUCGAUGACAGUCUGGGGUCCUUUCGGUGUGAAUUGCCGCGGAUUUUGAUUCAGGGUUUGCAGGAAUUGGAGUCAACAAGGUAUUCGUCGCCCCGCCAGCAACGGCUCGAGCUAUUAUUAAACUUGUCGUAGUACUUGCUUGUCCCACCUAUCUUCUGUACUGCACAUAAGUGACCCGAAGUUUCUUCAGAUCACAUUCAACGACAGACUCGAUGUUUCGAUCCUCGGAAAUACUGCGUGUAUUUGGGCCUAGUGCUCUCGCUAUCAGCAUCUUAUUGAACAUCCUCACCAUCCUGCACUUGCAACACACAGCCGUCGAUGUCAGGAAGUACACUUACAUUGACGACGAUCAUCCGACCGAAUUACCCCUCCGCCUAGACACCGUCGCAUUGACGUUUAACAGCACAGAGCAUUACAGUACAUCUGGGCUCAUGGCCUGGUUGGAGUGGAAUUCACUUGAUCAUUUUCCACGAGGUCACGGAUUUGUGCGCCUGGGACCAAAUGGGCGAGCGUUUGGUGUCUCGAUGUUUCACCAGAUUCAUUGUCUGCAAAUGAUCCGAGAAGCCCUCAUUAACGGACCCGAUGACCAUAGUGGUCAUUGCCUCAACUUCUUGAGGCAGGCCAUUCUUUGCAAUUCUGACACUACCCUAGACCCACUCUUCGUCGACCCCGAUGGAACGAUGACACGUACAGACGGCUUGGGUGUGACGCAUGUAUGCCGGGAUUGGACACAAGUUUAUGCGUAUAUUGUGGAGAACCAGAAAGGCCCCUUAUGGGCAGAGCAAAACAAUUAAGAUAGAGACAUGAUAGCCUUCGGUUGAUCAGGAAAGGGGGGUAUUAAGGGUAUAUCAAGGGUACCUUUCCUCGCAAUAUAAUUUCGGGCUCUGGCAUCGGCUGGCGAAGAGAAGGAAAGGGCUGAGAACAGGGCUCUACCAUUAGAAAAUUCCGCUGGUCGGCUGGAGUGCACACGCCGAGGGGAGUCGGGACAAGGAGGACACGAAACCAGAUAGGCCAAAGACCAAAAGGAGCGGCGGAGAACGAGAAGAGCUGGGUGUGCAGAUAUUAUGUAUAUUAGAAUAAGAGAGUCAAGGUUCAGCGAGCGCCAUUAGAGAAGUAAUGCAUCCAAGGACCAACAUUUCAAAGUCUUUCUGUCUCGCAUU